UCCUCCAGCUUGACUCUACUGAUAGGCCAUUUCCUAUUUAACCGACGUAUAUUCGUGUUCAGUUAGUUUGUUGCAACACUUAGUUUGUUGCAACAGUUGAAGCAGUGUAUAAACAGCACUGGGUGUAUUGAGUCUAUGCAAUACGAAAAAAGAAGAAUUUCAUCAGCAGUUGAGCCAUUCAUAUCAUGGAAGGACUGAAGUAUAUUUUCAUAAUUUCUUUGUUACAAACUUCUAUCUAUGCGCAAGAUCCGAUAAUUGAUACUACCACUGGGAAGAUCAAGGGAUCAACCAUUUCAGUUCAGAAUGUUGAUCUUGAUGUAUUUCUUGGAAUACCAUUUGCUAAACCUCCUGUUGGUAAUCUAAGAUUUAGAAGACCGGAACCAAUUGAAAGGUGGAGUGGCAUAAAAGACACCAAGCAACAUGUUGCGGCUUGUGUACAACCUGAAAAUAAGAAAUAUGAUCAUCUUGAGGGUUCAGAAAUAUGGAAAAUAAAAACUAAUAUAAGCGAAGACUGUCUUUAUUUGAAUAUUUGGGCACCAACAGAAUCACGGAAGUCUCGUUCAAAUUUAACCACGAUGAUUUGGAUAUAUGGAGGUUCAUUUGUUUCAGGGUCGACCACGGUGGAAUUAUAUAAUGGAAAAUGGAUAGCUGCCAGUCAAAAUAUUAUCGUUGCAUCAAUGAAUUACAGAGUAGGGCCCUUUGGUUUCCUUUCCUUAAAUGACGAGCGUGCUCCAGGCAAUAUGGGACUCCUUGAUCAAAACCUCGCUAUAAAGUGGAUUCGCGAUAAUAUUGCAUCAUUCGGAGGAGACCCUGAUAAACUAACACUGUUUGGACAAAGUGCUGGUGCAGCAUCUGUUGGUUUUCAUGUUGUUUCCCCACUUUCUCGGAAGCUUUUCAGGAAUGCUAUUAUGAUGAGUGGGUCACCUUCCUCCCCCUGGGCAAUUAAAUCAAUAGAGAGAAACAUUCAUAGAGCAAAGGCAAUGGCUUCUAUUGUUAAAUGUCCAAUAAAUAACACUAAAGCGAUGAUAGAUUGCUUUUUAGAAGCUGAUGCUAACACUCUAGCUCUAGCACAAUUUGCCUAUUUAGAUGACUUCAUGAAAAUUACUUUCACCCCUGUUGUCGACCAUUAUUUCUUACCAGGAAAACCAAGCGAAAUACUGAACGAUGAAACUGUGAAAAAAGAUGUGCUAACAGGGUUUGUUGAAAACGAAGGAAGUCUCUUUCUUCUGAUGGCAUUCCCCAAUGAAUUCCCCUUUAAUGGGACUGUGCCGAUAGGAACAGAUACUGCACAUGCAUCAAUAAAAAAGAUUACUCGGCCAAUAUCUCUAAAUCCUCUGCAAAUGGAUGUUAUCACAUAUCUUUAUGGUUCUCGUGUCUUCUCCUUUCCUGAGACUGAAAAAUACAGAUACAUAUUAGAACAAGUAGGUGGAGAUACAUCAUUUAAAUGCCCUGCUAUCAAAUUGGCUGAGCAAUUCAGCACCCAUUCAAAUGUCUACAUGUAUUCUUUCGAGUUUCAAUCGCGAUUAAAUCCCUGGCCAAAAUGGUUGGGUGUCAUGCAUGGGUAUGAUGUUAUAUUUGCGUUUGGGCUCCCGUUAUUCGGAAAUAAGUUUACAGAGGAAGAUAAAUUAGUAGCAGAAAGACUGACAAGUUUUUUUGCUAACUUUUCUAAAUCAGGUAAUCCUAGCAAUGGAGAUUGUUCUGAUUGUUCCAGUGAUCCAUGGCCAAAGUUCACACCCAAAACCCCAAAAUACAUUGUGAUUGACGGCAAAGCAAAGCCUGAGACGAAGAAGAAUUACAUGAAAAACAUAUGCGGUUUUUGGGGAGACGUUCUCCCAGAAUUAAACACAUCCUUUUGUCCGGUACUAACAAGUGGAUCACAGAAUAUUUGGACUUUCCAGAGAAGAAUUCUCACCUCUUUUACAUCCCUGUCUUUCUCUUUGAUAUUGCUUGGCAAUUUUUUGUUUUAAUGCUCAUUUAAUAUUUAUCACUCUAUAUUGACAUCUCUGUUUUAUUUCAUAAAAUAAAUGAUUUUGUUAUGUUUGGUU